AUGCCUUUAGCAAUAUCGUCUCUCAUCCGAGGCGCUCGCAAAGAUACGGCUCAAGGCUCAUCGCAAUCGCAAUCGCAAUCGCAAUCGCAGUCGCAGUCGCAGUCGCAGUCAUCUGACCUUUCUCAGAGCAGAAGAGGAUCGCUUCAGUCUGCAACUGCAAGUCACGGUGCUGCCGCGCAUCCUCUCGAAACGAAUUCGCGUGUCGAUAGUCGAGCGUCUGCAACGCCAACAGCAGCAGCGCCAACCUCAUCGUCCACGUCCAUCCCCUCGCCCUCGACCACAUCUGCCGACUCCAACUUGACGCUCAAAGGCACGCAAACCUUUCCCAGCAGGCUUCCCACGUCCCAUACGAGUCCCGAUCUCUCGAUCAGGACAGCCACAGCCGCAUCUUCUAGCAACAUGCCCCGACCCGGAUCUGCCGCGGGCGUGUUCUCUGGGACCGGCAAGGUUGGGAGAAGAGGUAGCACACGCAUCAGCGAUGAUGGGCACGGAAGGGGUGCCAGCACGGGCGUUCCAGACAGGCACGAGCUGAUGCGGAGAGCCAUGGCUGAUGCUGCAGCCCACGAUAUCCUCCAAGGCGGCGAAUCGUCCGGCGAUGAGGAACCAUUAAGAAGAGGCGGUGCAGGCAAUGCCAGCGCAGCUCCGAGCAAUACUCGCUUCAACAAUGUCAAUCCAUUCUCAGCUCAGCCACCCACAGCUCCUGCCAGGCUGGCCAAUGUGGACACAUCGACCGGAAAUGCCGACCUCAACACGCUGAAUGCGAGGCCAGUCGAACUACCUCCUGCAUCGCCUGGCGAUCGACCCGGUGAAGGCAGUUUGAAUUUGGCUGCAUUCACAUUGGGCGAGAUUGUGCACGCGGAUGGAUCUGUUCAACCUAAUCCUGCAGUCCACUCCAGCACUGCCGGGAACGGUGAUGCUCUCACUGCUUCUGCUGCAGCUGGUGCAGGGCAGCAGAGCAAAGCACCAGCUAGACCCAAGCUUGGCAGUCGCAACAACAGCUACGCUUCAGAUAUGGGUGAGGUGACGGUUUCGCCCAGCGCAGCCUCGACCGCCACUGCGUCUCCUCACAAGACCCAAAGUGGUCACGGCCGCUAUGCGACGACUGGAACGAUGGCGCCUUCCAUGGCAGAUCGCGGUAGAGCUUCUUCCCUCGCACCUCCUGCACCUCGCGGCACCGACAGCCAUUCUCCUUCAAGAUCUUCAGGCAUGCACGAAUCGGCAAGCACUUCUCAAUUGCUGCCUCCUAGUCCUCUUGCGAGGUUGCGAAAACUGUCAGAUGGUCCUGCAAGGAGGGACACGGCCGAGAGCACCAAGAGCGCCAAAAAAGGACCCGCUGGAGGCAUAGCUGGUGCUCUGGCUGGAAGCGCGAUCGGAGCGGCAGGCAUAGGUGGAAGUCAAGGUGCGAUGGCUAGGCAACAAGCAAUGGUUCGAUCAGGCAGCAAUCUGGACGCCAAUUACGUGGGUGGGAGUGAAGGAGGCUUGUAUCGAAAUCCACAGACUGGCAAGAUGUCAGAGGUCGGACCUGAUCCCGGAAUGCUUGGAACGCCGUCGGAGGAAGCGAUAGAGGGUAGGAGAAGAGCUUUGAGAGAGAGAAGCACGAGCAGUAGCUUGAGCUUUGCGAGCGAUGCGAGCGAAGCCUCUGGACUUGGGGCGGCUGCUCAUUUCAGUGCUGCUGUAGCUGCAGGAGGCCUGCACGCUCCACACGGCCUGAUGCCAGGAGCGGCCAGUCUAGCGCCACCCACUCCGCGACUUGUCAGCGCUGUGGGAGAACCACAUCUGACUCCCGGCGGCAUUGGCGCCGUGGGAGGCUUGAGCCCCGCGGGAACUGGAGAGGGCGUGUCUCUAUUGGACGACGAUCAUGCUUGGCCCGGCGAUGUAGGCGUCGGACAGCAGAUCACCGGCUUUGCGGUAGCCAGCUCCAAGAGAAAUGCGGAUUUCCAUGCUCUCUUCCCAAGCGUGCCCGAGGACGACUAUCUCAUCGAAGACUACGGUUGCGCUCUCGUGCGCGAGAUCCUCGUUCAAGGACGCUUCUACAUUUCUGAGAAUCACGUCUGCUUCAACGCAAACAUCUUUGGAUGGGUGACGAAUAUCGUCAUUGGCUUUCACGAGAUCGUGUCGAUCGAGAAACGCAUGACUGCAUUUGUGAUACCCAACGCUAUACAGAUGGCCACAUUGCAUGCGAAGUAUACGUUUGCUUCUUUCUUAUCGCGAGAUGCGACGUAUGAUCUCAUCGUCAAUAUUUGGAAGCUUUCCCAUCCCUCGGUCCCUGGUCAAGCUACCAUCGAGGUCCAAUCGGAUGACGAGUCGGUAGAAAAUGAAGGCGAUGCUUCUAAAGACGGAGCAGCGGCAAAGCCCACGGAGCAAGGCGCCCAGCGGGUAUCCAAGCGCAAGAAGCUGCGAAUGAAGCUGAAGAGCAACAAGGAAGGUGCUGCGAAUGGCGCCGGCGCCGAUUCUGCUGCAAAUGGUAUGUCGGGAGUGAACGGCGCGCCACUUUCACCUGCUGUGGCUUUGGGCGCUGCAGGCGGCAAGAAAGCUCCCCACAGAGCUACGAGCUGCCCAUGCGAAAAGGAAAAGAAGCAUAUGCCCACCGUCGCGCUCGACCAGACCUAUCCGGCGGUGCCGGAGAAGAUAUACAACCUGCUGUUCACCAGCGGUUUCAUGAAGGAUUUCUGGACUGUGGAUCAGAAGCUCAUGGAUUUGCAAAUGUCGGAUUGGUCGCCCGAUACCGCAAACAACAACAUGCUGUCCAGGUCAAUGUCUUACAUUAAACCUUUGGCUGGUGGUUUUGGUCCUAAACAAACAAAGUGCGUGAUCACGGACGAAAACUUGCACGUCGACAUGGACGACUACGUCAGUACCAUGACGACUACGAGGACACCUGAUGUCCCCUCAGGAGGAAGCUUCGCGGUCAAGACCCGAACCUGCUUCACGUGGGCAGGUGGCAAUACCACCAAGGUCUAUGUCACUUGCAAUGUUGAAUGGUCUGGAAGGAGCAUGAUUAAAGGCAUCAUCGACAAAGCGUCCAUCGACGGCCAGAAGCAGUACUACAAGGAUUUGGACGUUGCGGUCAGAAAGUACCUGAAAGAACACGCUUCAGAAUUCAGAGAAGAAGGCGAUGAUGAAGCUGCAGACGAGAUGCGAGAGGCUGUAGCUUCCACUCCAGCUGGCGAGACGUCUGUUGAUCCCACCUCCAAAGAGUCCUCCAAGGCUCUUUCGAGCGAGGCUUCGAGCACGAGCGAAGCUGGGGGCAUCAUGGGCAUCUUGUCGACCAUCGGCGGCACAAUUGCAGAUCUGGCAGGGGGCGCUAUCGAAAUGGUAGGCGAUCUUAGCCCAUCGAUGCUCAUCUUGGGAGCACUCGUCUUUGUCUUGCUCUUGACGAACAUCUGGGCAUUGACGGCGAGUGGUGGAGCGAGCAAGAGGGAUCCUUCCGAUCCACACAAGCUUGUCAAAUCCCGCAAAUCCAACUCGGCUUCUUCUUCGCUUGCGGCGGAUACGGCAAAUGCCGAAGCCAUUGCUCUCGCAGUGAGGGGCGUGUUGCAAGAAUAUCUUUCUCCUGUCCAGCAACCGCGAUACACCGGACAAGAAAAAGUUUUGCCUACCGACCCACAGAAGACCGAGCAGGGCUUGACCAAGGACGACGUGCAGACUUUGGCUAGUCUGCUCGAUGACGUGGAGAAGAGGCUUGCUGAUCUGAAGAUAAAACUGGAACGCACCAGGUCGGAAGAGAACAAAAAAGGCAACGUCGAUAGAAAGAAGAAGGCGGAGCUUUGA